AUGGAGAGAGUCUCAGCUAUUGGAAAAAGCUUUUCAGCAACUUUUUCGCCUUUUGCGGCACGCACACAACAGUAUGUCAAGGAACAGCUUGGCCAAGCCGAGGACAAGACCCAACUUCCCCCGGAUUACUUGGAGCUUGAGAAGAGAGUAGAUGCUCUAAAGCAGGUCCAUCAAAAGAUGCUUCAGGUUACUUCUCAAUUUUCGAACGAGGCCUACGAUUACCCUGCAAACAUCAAAGAGAGCUUUGGCGAUCUUAGCCGUACCGUGGGUGAGAAAGUAUCCCUCCUUACCACCGCAACCUCGACACUUGAGGCACAAGCAGCUCUGACUGGGCCCACUUCCACCAAACCUCAACCAAAGACUUUUAAUCAUGCAAUCGCACGUGCCAGCUUAGCCAGUAGUCAAGUUCUUAAUGAGCAACGUAUGGGAUCUGGCGAAGAUCCUCUAGCAACAGCGCUCGAGAAAUAUGCAUUGGCUAGUGAACGACUAGGUGAAGCACGUCUUGCACAGGAUUCUCAGAUUCAAAGUCGUUUUCUAGCUGCGUGGAACACUACACUAAACACAACGUUAACAUUUGCUACGAGGGCCAGGAGAGGUGUUGAAAAUUCAAGACUUCUACUCGAUGCCGCCAAAGCAAAAGCCAAAAGCUCUAAGUGGACUUUACCGGGUCAGAUGCCAAAAUCUCCUGGCCUUCAAGAAGAUGAGGUUACGAGUGAGGAAGUCAGAGUGGAAAUUGAGCAAGCAGAAGACGAAUUCGUUGGUCAAACCGAGGAAGCAGUGGGUGUGAUGAAAAAUGUUCUCAAUACUCCGGAGCCCUUGCGCAAUCUUGCUGAUUUAAUCUCGGCCCAACUCGAAUACUAUAAAAAAGGAUACGAGAUUCUCAGUGAACUUGCACCAAUUGUCGAUGGGCUUCGAACUGAGCAAGAAGCUAGCUAUCGAAAGAGUCGCGAUGCAACUGCAUAA